AAUUUCUUUUAUUUUUUAUCCCUAUUUGCCGUUUUGUCAUUUGAGUAACCAACCGUCGUGGUUUCGCCUGACCUUCGUUUCUCUUCCACUGGUAGUCGUCCCUUGUUCACCACAGAAAUAACAAGCCACACAUCACUACCAGUCAUUCUGUCACCUUCACAAAUCCCAAGCUCUCCAAUCCCUUCGAGACGACACAAACCCCGGAACCAAACAAACCUAAUUUCUCCGAAUCCCAUAACAAUGGAGUCCAUCGCCGUCCUCAUGCCGAUUCCAAUGUCCUCCUAUUUGGAGCAGGAGCUCGAGAAGCGCUUCAACCUCCUCAAACUCUGGACCGUCCCCAAUAAAACCCAGUUCAUCAAGGACCACUCCGCGUCCAUCCGUGCCAUCGUCGGCAACGCCACCGCCGGAGCCGACGCCGAGCUCAUCGCCGCUUUGCCUAAGCUGGAGAUUGUUUCCAGUUCCAGCGUUGGGAUGGAUAAGGUCGAUUUGAAGACGUGUAAGGAAAAGGGUAUUCGGGUCACCAACACCCCCGACGUUUUGACCGACGACGUGGCGGACCUUGCUAUUGGGCUGACGCUGGCGGUGCUGAGACGGCUGUGUGAGAGUGAUCGGUAUGUGAGGAGUGGGCAGUGGAAGGAGGGCGAGUACAAGUUGACCACCAAGUUCACUGGGAAAACUGUUGGAAUCAUUGGUCUCGGAAGAAUUGGCAAAGCAGUUGCAAAGAGAGCCGAGGCUUUUAGCUGCCCAAUUGCUUACUUUUCCAGGACAGAAAAGCCAGAUUUGAAGUUCAAAUACUACCCAAGUGUUGUGGAGUUGGCCGCCAACUGUGAUGUUCUAGUUGUUGCGUGCCCCUUAACUGAAGAGACCCGCCACAUUAUCAAUCGUCAAGUCAUUAAUGCUUUGGGGCCAAAGGGUGUUCUCAUCAACAUUGGGAGAGGCUCUCAUGUUGACGAACCUGAGCUGGUAUCUGCUCUGGUAGAAGGGCGGUUAGGUGGGGCAGGGCUCGACGUUUAUGAGAAGGAACCAGAAGUACCUGAAGAGCUGUUUGCGCUCGAGAAUGUGGUCCUCUUGCCUCAUGUCGGAAGUGGCACGGUAGAAACUCGCAGUGCCAUGGCAGACCUUGUGAUUGGGAAUCUUGAAGCUCACUUCUUGAAGAAACCACUGUUGACACCAGUGGUCUAAUAGCUUUUAGCAUCUGGACAUGACCACCAUUGGAUGUAUAGCUUGAUGAUCUACUGCCACAAAUGCCUACAAUAAUUGUUUCUGUCAAUCUGAAAAAGGAUCGUUGAUUCUAGAAUUGAGGAAAUGAGACUCCUUUUUGAAACAGUUGAUUGAUGAUAUUCCUCGUUAGUUGUUGAAGUGGAAAUCACUACAUUUUUAUUGGAAA